AUGCUUGUUAAGCGAGAGAAUCUUGGUAUAGAGAUUUAUCCCAUUAUCGAACAAUUCAAUAAGCAAGGUGCUGUUCGUUACGACAUUGCCAAUUAUACGAUGUACUCGGAUGUUAAGACUGAUGGCGAGGAUAUUGCCCUUAUAAAGCUAAAUGCAAGUCUAGAUUUUGAGCAAGCAAAUGUCAACAGCAUUUGCUUACCGGUUCGACAUGCGUACAAUGAGCAUGAUGAAUACGCGUUGAUAGCGGGCUAUGGCUUUAUGGAUUCAGAACAGAAAACUAAACCUGGUACACAUCAAGGUGAUUCUGGGGGCCCAUUAAUACAGUUUGUGGACGGACGGGCUGUGUUAAUAGGUGCCAUUCGUAAAUCAAAUAAUAAGCUUGUUAAUAAAAAGGCAAUGAAUUCACUGAAACUGACCGCUAGUUUACGGCAUAUCUAUCGACCAAAUAAUGGCCAUAACGUCAACACUAUUAAGGCGUUCAUACGCUAUGUGUUAAUGACAUCCCUUUCCCCCGGCCGUCAACCCCUACCCCUACCCCUUGCACCUACACCUCCUGCGAGUAUGACUUCCCGUAUGUUCGUAACCCUUAUGUCAGAGGGUUGGCCUACCCUUAAUAGGACUGCAAUUGAGAGCUACCUGUCCCUCUCAGUGUGUUAA